AUUGGCUCUUGGCUGUCCCGGCUUUUCGUGGUGCGGGUGUGGAUGUGGGCAGAUGCCCAGAGCGGCGGGACUGCGGCAGCGCGGGCGGCAGGCACUGCGGGAGGGGGCACUGCAGCACCGUGGCCCCGGGCGGCGGGACAGCGGCCCUCUGGAGGGGGCGCUGUGGGCACCGCUAAGCGUCCUUUUGUCAGCGCGCACCGCCAGGAGAGCUUCUCAUUUCCUCCCAGCCUCGUGCGGGAAAUGGAUUUAAUUUUGACCGCAGGGCUGUAAGGGGCGAGCAGGAACGCACGUCUUUUGUCAAGGAGUGGCAAGCAGCCUCUGUUGUCUGUAGUCACCAGUGACGCCAGAAGCUGCAUUGCUGGUGGAAUUCUAGGCAGCUCUGACAAGUGCGGGGCUGCAGGAUGGGGAGAAAAUAGUGCUCUGCAGAUUAGCUGGGUGCGUUUAUUAGCAGAUCUCAAGAAGGGGGGAAACAAUCAACGGAACAAAACAAAAACAACUGCCUACAGUGGAAGCCCAGAGAUGGAUAAAAAGCCUUGCAGAAGUUUCCACCCAGAUGUUUGAGAUCCUGUAGGCGUGGACGGCGUCCCUGGGAGCAGAGCCAGGCGCACAGGCUGAACGCUGAGAAGAGGCGGCCUGGGACGAGGCUGGUCCUGCCUCCCGGGUUCCAGGAGUGGAUUGUAAACCCACCAGGACAAUGAGUGAGGAGACUGCCCCUGAGGCCGAGGCCACAGCCCAGCCGCCCGAGCAGGGGCAGCAGUACUUGGACCGCUUCUCGGAGGACGACCCUGAGUACAUGCGCCUUCGCAACCGUGCGGCAGACCUGCGGCAAGACUUCAAUCUGAUGGAGCAGAAGAAACGCGUCACCAUGAUCCUGCAGAGCCCGUCUUUCAGGGAGGAGCUGGAAGGCCUCAUCCAGGAGCAGAUGAAGAAGGGGAACAAUUCCUCCAACAUCUGGGCUCUGCGGCAGAUCGCGGACUUCAUGGCCAGCACCUCCCACGCAGUCUUCCCAACGUCUUCCAUGAACUUCUCCAUGAUGACGCCCAUCAAUGACCUCCACACAGCUGACUCCUUGAACCUGGCCAAGGGGGAGCGGCUCAUGCGGUGCAAGAUCAGCAGCGUCUACCGACUCCUGGACCUCUACGGCUGGGCCCAGCUGAGCGACACCUACGUCACGCUGAGAGUCAGCAAGGAGCAAGACCACUUCCUGAUUAGCCCUAAGGGAGUUUCUUGCAGUGAGGUCACGGCAUCCAGCCUGAUCAAGGUGAAUAUCCUGGGAGAGGUGGUGGAGAAGGGCAGCAGCUGCUUCCCAGUGGACACCACAGGCUUCUUUCUGCACUCGGCCAUCUACGCAGCCAGGCCUGAUGUGCGCUGCAUCAUCCACCUGCACACGCCGGCCACAGCGGCGGUGUCAGCCAUGAAGUGGGGCCUCCUGCCUGUCUCCCACAAUGCCCUGCUGGUGGGAGACAUGGCCUAUUACGACUUCAAUGGCGAAAUGGAGCAGGAAGCGGAUCGGAUCAACCUGCAGAAGUGCCUUGGACCCACCUGCAAGAUCCUGGUGCUGAGAAACCAUGGCGUGGUUGCUCUGGGUGACACUGUGGAGGAGGCGUUUUAUAAGAUCUUCCACCUGCAGGCUGCAUGUGAGGUGCAGGUGUCUGCUCUGUCCAGCGCUGGGGGCGUGGAGAACCUCAUCCUCCUGGAGCAGGAGAAGCGCCGGCCCCACGAGGUGGGCUCCGUGCAGUGGGCCGGGAGCACCUUCGGGCCCAUGCAGAAGAGCCGGCUGGGGGAACACGAAUUUGAGGCCCUCAUGAGGAUGCUGGACAACCUGGGCUACAGAACAGGCUACACAUACCGCUACCCCUUUGUUCAAGAGAAAACCAAACACAAAAGCGAGGUGGAGAUUCCAGCCACAGUCACAGCCUUCGUGUUCGAGGAGGACGGCACCCCAGUGCCCACCCUGCGGCAGCACGCCCAGAAGCAGCAAAAGGAGAAGACCCGCUGGCUCAACACGCCCAACACCUACCUGCGGGUCAACGUGGCCGACGAGGUCCAGAAGAGCAUGGGCGGCCCCCGGCCCAAGACCACCUGGCUGAAGGCUGACGAGGUGGAGAAAUCCAGCAGUGGCAUGCCAAUACGGAUCGAAAACCCAAACCAAUUUGUGCCUCUCUAUACCGACCCCCAAGAAGUGCUGGAGAUGCGGAACAAGAUUCGAGAACAAAACCGACAAGAUGUGAAGUCAGCGGGACCCCAGUCCCAGCUCCUGGCAAGCGUCAUCGCUGAGAAGAGCCGAAGCCCGUCUACAGAGAGCCAGCUGAUGGCCAAGGGCGAAGCGGAUACCAAAGAUGAGUCAGAGGAGACGGUGCCCAACCCCUUCAGCCAACUCACUGACCAGGAGCUGGAGGAAUACAAGAAAGAGGUGGAGAGGAAGAAACUGGAACUCGAAGGAGAGAAAGAAACCACUGCAGAGGAGCCUGGCUCACCUGUAAAGUCAGCACCUGCUUCUCCUGCACAGAGCCCAGUGGAGUCGGAGACAAAGAGCCCUGUGGUCUCUCCCGCCAAGUCUUUAGACGAAGGUGCUAAGAAGACAGAAACAAGCAAAGCCACCACAGAGCCCGAAACAACGCAGCCGGAAGGGGUGGUGGUCAAUGGGAGGGAGGACGAGCAGACUGCAGAGGAAAUUCUCAGCAAAGGCUUGAGCCAGAUGACCACCAACGCCGACACGGAUGUUGACACCUCUAAGGACAAAACCGAGUCGGUCACCAGCGGCCCCAUGUCCCCAGAGGGCUCACCUUCCAAAUCUCCCUCGAAGAAGAAAAAGAAAUUCCGAACCCCAUCCUUCCUGAAAAAGAGCAAAAAGAAGGAGAAAGUGGAGUCCUGAUUUGUGGCACCCUAGGGCUCCUAUCUGCACCCCCUCUCCCACCUUCCCUGUCCCAUCUCCAUCCCUGGAAGCACAGGGCCAAGGAGGGAUAGAGUAGGACCCUGAACCAUACUCUGAUGGGGAACACAGAGAUCGCCCGACCAACCCCUCAUUUGCAACCACCCCAGAGAAAUCAGGUGACUUUGUCAAGGUCACACAGCUAGUUUGUGGCAGAGCCUGCACUCGAAUUCAGGUCUCCUGGCUCCCAGUCCAGUGCUCUUUCCACUACACAACACUGCCUAGUUGUGGGCUGCCUUCAUGAGGGUGCUGCCCACUGAGCUGAGCCCUGGGCAAGAGGGCCAGAGUGGGCCACAAGCUCUCACUGGCUCAGACUAAAUCAGGUCGAGGUUUCCCCUGAACAAGGUCCUUCUCCUCACGGGACCCCAGUCUCCUGCUGAUGGAGCUAUCACUCUGUUUAGGAAUCUCUCUUCUCUUUUUCAUAGAGUCCCUGCCUUGCUGCUCACAGUAACCAGACAAACUCUCUUGUCCCCUCCACCAGAAGUUAAUCUUUGUUCCCAAGGGCUGAUGGCUUAGCUUGUGCUUCCCCAACCAACACCCCUGAGCUUUCUUCAUGGAACCUCCUGCAUUAUGCUUGGAACAGCUGUAAGAGUUGGCAGACAUAGCGCAAGCCAAGCCAGCCAUACAGCGGGAGAUAAUUGAAUCAAUAUAAGGCACCAGGGGCUUGACCCAUUAAAACUGUGCAUCUCAGGAGCUUCAAAAGUAAAACCAAAUUCAGCUUAGAAAACAGUUGUCUCAUGCUCAGGAUGGGAAUUUGGGGAAAUUUAGAUCCUCUGUUGACUUUGGGCUAUAAGAGGAUGAUGGAAACCACACGGGAAAUGCUCUGCAUUUCUAGCUUUGCAUGACACGUGGAGCGCUACCCGUCUCACUCUUGUCCAGCAGUGAGGUGUCCCCCAACCUUCCCUCAAACCCAGAAGCACCGGUUCAUAGACUAGAGCUGGCAUCUUACCCUUGGUUCCUUCGGGUUCCAUCUCAGUCACUCUGGGUCCAGCAGAGGAGAAUAGAAUGAAGCUUUCAGGAUUAAUCAGAGAAAUACUUAGGUGUCCCCAGCUCUGUCACUAUCUGUCCAUCCUGGGGCCUGAUAAGAGCCACAGUUAUUGUUUCAAAUGCCAACACUAUUUUUUCAUAUUCGUCCGUGGGGCAUUAAUUAAUGAGUAUUGUUGGCUUCUAAAAAAUAGACAAUCCAUUCUCUUUAAAGCACAGUGUCUUCAAAGGAUAUUUUCCCUUUUUGUGAUUGUUGUAAAUGUAUUUUUGAAAGUUCUGAACUCUAGUUUUCCAUGUUUGAGCACUUACUCUAUACAUAGACACUGUGUAGGCUCUAUAUGCAUUACAUCCUUUAAACCUCAUGAUAACUUUAUGAUGUGGGUAAGAUUAGUCCCAUUUUGUGGGUAAGUAAACUGAGCCCCCAAAAGGAUAAUUGAUUUGUUUUAGACAGGUGACUUGGCUAGAAAUAUCCAGAACCUGGAUUUCCCUCUAAGUCAGCCUGAGUCCAGAGCCUUUGCUCUAACAGCUAUGGUGAUCAGAAAUCUCCAGUCCCCAAGGGCCGUGGUUUUAGUCCAGGACUCAUUUUUGUGUCUCCACUACAUAAUGUCAGUACUUGCAAUGAAGGUAGGAAAUUACCUGUGUUCUCCCUCACCAGUGCACAUUAAGUUCCUGGUUAACAGGGACUGUAGCAAGGCCAGAGUGGACCUCUGGCAAAGGAGAUGCAACGGUCUUCUGGUUGGGGCAGGAAAUGCCAUCCAUCGUUGGGCCAUUUCUUGGGGAGGAAAGAAACGGACCCAUGACUAAGGGAAACCCAACGUUGUGUCUCUCCAGUGCUGAGUCCCAUCUGCUACCCCAGCCGCCCUCACCCCAUCCUCCACCCUCGUGCACCCCUCCCCCAUUCUACUUUCUGAUUGGGUCUUGAUGGACAACCCAAUGAUCAGGGGCACUGAUGCCUCAGAAAAGUCUGUGAUGUGGGGAAUGCCUUUAAAAGCUAAUCCUUUGAUGCCUUCUUUAAAAAAGUAGAUUUGCCAUUCAUUCAUUCACUCCCUUCACAAUAUUUGUUAUGCACCCACUGAAUGUCAGGGAUUAUGCUGACAUUAAAAGAAAAUAAUCAUUGUGACUAGAAUAAUCAGUGGCAAGCAAUGUUAAGAAAAGGGUGGAGCGGACACAACCACUGAGGCAGCAUUUUGUGUCUGAGUGGUUGUAGCUCAGAGAUGUGUUGAUUGACUCUGCAUUGAAUCAAUUCUCUGUAUUCCCUUUACAGCAGUGAAGCCUCAUUUAGAUGAACAUGCCAGAGCUUGCUGGAAUGUGAGCAUUGCCCUUAGAAUUUAUGCCUUGGGUCGACUUUGUAUCUAUCCGUUUGUUCAUUCCUUGAAACUCAAAAUACACAUGAGAGCCUGGAUCAUGGAUCAGGCCUGAGGGUGGCAGGACUUAAUCCCUUCCCACAAGAAGCUCCUAAGUAAAGGAGGCAUGCAGACAAGUUACGAACAGCAAGGGUGCAGAGGGGGCAUUAGGAAGCAAUGAUUUACUAUCUUCUGGGCCAGAGAAACCUUCCUGAAAGGAGCGACGGUUAAGUUAGGUUUUCAGAACAAAGAGAAAUUUCCCAUGAGGACAAAAGGUUUGGCAGGACAUUCCGUGGGAAAAGCAUGUGCAAAGGCACAGAAGUGUGAAACUCCAUGAUUCGUGCACCAAGCAAUUCAGUGCAUCCCGAGCCUAAGGUGUGGGGGUGGGGGGCAGGGAUGGGGUGGUUCAUUUCACAGGUGGUGGGCAGGGCUGGAUCAUAAAGAAACUUAUAGAAAGUAUGGAGGGAUGAGACUAUCCUGUAAGGGGUUUGGAGCCACUGAGGACUUAUCAUCAGGGUAGAGGCAUGAUCAGCCCUGGAUUUUAGGAAACCUUCGGAGGCUGUGCAGAGAAUGGACUAAAGAGGCAUGGAAGAUGUCCAUAAUGAGGCCUUUCUGAAACGUCUGAUCUAAACCAUGUUUGGUCACCCGCCUUACACUACUUUUUCCCUUAUAGCAAAAAGAGAGCUUCCAGCACAGAAUUCAUUUCCAUCAAAUUAUUUGGAUGAGACAUUUUAAGAGAGAUUUUCCACAAAAAGAGGAAGAGACUCAAAGAGCCAUUUCCAGUUCUCUGCCGGCUUGUGUAGUUGGUCUUCCUUCGCACUUGUUGGGUGUGGCACGCUCAGCUCCAGGCUUGCGGCCGCACAUGGGGUGCUGCUGCAGCGAAUGAGGCAUCCAACCAGCACCACAGGCUUUUGGGGCGACAGGAGCGGGCAUUGCUUUGGGCUCUGGUUAAAAGCUGGCCGAGAACUCAGGCCACUAUCUGUGGAGAAAAUAUAUAUAUAUGGGAAGGUCAGAAUUGGUAGCAGGAGUUCAUUCUGAGCUUGGGUAUGCUACGGAAAAGGAAUGAGAACAUGGAACCAGGCUGCUGUGCUGCGGCCAGCUGAGCUGAAAAGUGGAGAGGCUUCUGAGGCUGUUUCCUUGGGGAGAUGGGCAGGAGAGGGGAGGCAGAGGGAGCGAUGAUUACAGAGAGGUAAGUGGAGUCUCGGUGACUCUCCAGCAGUGGUGUGUGGGAGCAUCCACACCCUGUGAGUUUUCCUCGAACUCUGCAAAAAGUGCUGGCAAGAUACAACCCCCAGCCCAGAUCUGAGCUCCCUAAGAGCCUCCUGGCCUUCAGGUGACCCAAGGAACAGUCCUGUGUCAGCCAGGUUAUGCACAGAUGAGAAUAACCUCCUCAACACUCCUGUAACACAAAGGGGUUCUUCCUCUGCAGACGGUGAAGUUCUUCCUCAAGGACUGGGUGUGUGUGGAUGAACCCACUGCCAAGCAUCACCCUCAUACCACUGACUCAUGUGUCUGCUGAGCCUUGAAUCCUGCUUCCUGUGUCUAAUGCUGUGUCCCUCGUUUCUGAAUGUGGCCAUACGGUCACUCAGAUGUCAUCUGUCAGUGUUUUAACAGAAGGCUACCACUUUUGUCAGCGUGGGGAGACUGCUAUAAAGCCACUUCUCUGACUGUGUGGAUGUGAAAGAACCAUCUGCCCAAGAGCACAACUCACUUCUGGAAGUCUGAAAGAUUAAAAAGAAGUAUGGAUUUUUUCAUGCAGGUACAUACAGGGAUAGGUGGACACAGCUCGCCAUCGCCCUGUCUGCCAUCUUUUGCACAAGUGCAAAGUUUAUGUUCGAGUUCCAGGCCGAGAGUAUUCAGAUUCUGACUAUUGAACAAGUGAGAAAACCUAUAGCACUUAUUCAUUGCUUUCAUGCAGGUCAGCAGAAGCCCUUGAGCUGCCUGGCACAGAGGCAGCUGACUUGGAGCCCAGAGAAAGUACGUCUCACAUCUCCCUGCUUGAGCCCAAGCAAACUGUCUAAGACAAUAAAACUCAAAGGGUCUGAGAAGAAAGGAGAGAGGAGAUACAUCCAUGCCCUGCACUCCCACAGAAAGGACAGGCCACCUCACACAGCUCAACACCUGACAGGAUGUCUCAUUGCCCGUGUCCCACAUCUGUUCUGACAGAGAUAAUGUAAUAGGAGAAGUAAGAGGCCUUGAACGGACUUUACUGAAAUAUGCUCAUUGGUUAUUUAUCUGCAGAGGUCCACUUGUGCCACAGUGCAUAACGCAUACGGAGUGGAGUGAUUAUUUCCAAAUGUCCUGUCUAACCAACCCGUGUCCACCGGGGUGGGGCACUCACAGAGCCCUGUCACCAAGCAACCCAACCCUGCAGCCUCUCAUGGUGAGAAGCCACCCUCUCCCAGGAACCAACCCAGGGAUGCCAGGGAGCAGUCUUCAGUGGAGAAGGCUCCUUUAUCAUUUUUAUCUAGACAGGCUCCUCUUUUUAGGAACAAUUAGAAAGAACCCCCACUUGGGUGUGUUCUUAAAUAUAUGGAAGUAAUAGUUUGCAUUGAUUCAUACUUAGGUGGUAUUAGGUUUUGUCAGAUAGACGUUUGGUGCCAUUUUCCUUCAAGACAACCCCCAAAGUUGGGUCAUGGCUUUGGGAAAUUGGGGCCUGAAGAUGAAGGAGAAGUGGUCACAAUGACUGACACAGGGAGGGACUCGGGUGCAGCCAGAGCUCCGUGUGAGAACGUCCCGGCAGCUUUCCCAGUGUGGCUGCUCCUCAGUGGCUUCCGGUCACACCCCGUGUCCCAGCAGCAGGAUGAGCCAGCUGCCAUGUGCAAGUCCCCCCUCUCUAAGUCGUGUGGAGAAAAUGUUGUGAGGGUUUAGGUGGUGGGGGGGAGGUGUAACAGAAGAACCCUAAACCCCUCCCCUGAGGCAAAUCACCUUGUAUAACUUUUAGAAGCUCAAAAGCCAGAUCUUCCCUUUCAAAGUGAACCAGAAGGAGGGUGGCAGUUGGACCAAGGAAAGAGGGGCCACAUUUAAAUAUGUCAAAGUUCUUACACAACGGAAAUAUAUUUGGGGGACCCCACCCUGAUAUUUCAACUCCACCUCAUUCCUCUCGGGCCUGCGUUGUGAGUGAUUGUUGGGUCUCAGCAGUCGGUUCCGUGUCCACCCCCAGGAGGAGGGGCAGUGCCCAGGGGCUGGCCUGGCUGGGGUGCUGGGGUCCAGGAGGAGAGUGUGGUGUUUGCUAGCACUGUGGGUGGUUUCAGUGACAUGUCUGUGUCUGAUGAUCGUCUCCCUUGUACAUACCUUGUCUGUGUUUGGGUUGUCCUAGUACUGUGGAGUUUCAAAUAGGGGUUCCAUGUAAAUGCCCUUCCUGCUACUGAGAUGCCAGCCCCCAGGUCACGCAGCCGCCCCACGAACAGUUUGCCUUUCUCUAUGCUAACACUUUUUGAGCCACUGAUGUGCAGACUGAUGAUAAGUUUAUUGGGCUUUUAUUUUGCAAUUUUAUAUAUAUAUAUAAACACACAUAUAAUAUAUAUAUAUAUAUUUAUGGGUUGGUUUUGUAUAGUUUUCAGUUUGAAUCUCUGAGCACCAAAGCUGCCCUUGGAUUUUCAAGAGAAUGUCCCAAAGCCAUUUUCAGACCCUCACCUUCGCUUUGGUGUUUGUGGUGCCGGGUGGUGUCUGCCCAUGGAUUUCUGUAUGUAUGUGCUGUUACCUCACCUGCGGAUAUUACCCUAGUAAAUCAACCUUGCUUGGC